AUGACCAAAUUCCGGGUUUUCUUUUUAAUUAUUUCCUUCAUGCUGUCACAGGCUACCUUUAUUUCGCGGUAUUUUGUUGCAAAAUCGGAAUGUGAUGAUAAAAAAUCAAAUUACGAACUUUUAAGAGAAUAUAACUCUAGUUCUUUGAUCGAGUGCGCGACACUGUGUCAAAGGGACUGUGUCUUCUUCGGAUAUAACCCUAUAUUGAUGAAGUGUCGUACCCACAAGGAGAUCUUCACAUCUCAAAUGUCUGAUGAGAUUGGGUGGAGUUACUAUUCUCAUUUUAUUCUAACUGAUUGUAAGGAUCUUCUUGAAGAUGGUCGCAAUAAUACAGGGUUGUACGAGAUUUAUUCCUAUGGCACCAGCUCCCGUUCUGUCAGAGUGUACUGUGAUAUGGAGACAAUGGAUGGGGGAUGGACGGUAAUACAAAAGCGAGUUGAUGGAUCGCUGAGCUUCGAGAGGACAUGGUUAGAAUAUAAGAAUGGCUUUGGUGAAUCAGAACAGAAUGUCUGGAUCGGAAAUGACGCCAUCCAUCAUUUAACAAAGGGAAAGAACUCAUCCCUCUAUGUUUCCAUCACACUAGUGAAUGGUAGCAAAUUGAAUGAAUUGUACGCUCAUUUCUCAGUUUCCGACGAAGCAGCCUUAUAUAAACUCCUUUUGGCUGGACCUGCCACGGGGACUCUAGGUGACAGGAUGAUGGAUACUGGAAGUUCUAACACUGACCCCUCUGGGAUGAACUUCACAUCCCCCGACAGAGAUAAUGAUAGAAUGAGUGGUAACUGUGCUAGGAGUUACAAAGGGGGGUGGUGGUUUAACAACUGCCACGAUGCUUUCCUCAACGGUCAGUGGUCCCCGGGAUACUGGUAUGAGACUUGGACUCCAACUAUUCAGAAUGGGACAUCAGUGAGGGAGACGAUGAUGAUGAUUAGACGUCACUAG